AUGGUCUUCACCCUGCUUGUUGCUGCUCUCGUAGCAGCCGGUUGUCUAGACGCUUCGCCGGUGCCCUCCAAAGGUUACACAUGCCGUGAAUUUACCGUCUCCCUACCUGUGGAUAAUGUGACAACCAUUGUGCCAUUCCUCCCGGAGAUCGAGUCCGCCGAACAGGCCACCUACUACGCUGAUGUUCUCACGACAAGACAGGAUUCUGACAGCCCCGCACCUCCAGUCGAAUUCUCAUCCAUAACCAAGACAUUCAGCAUUGUCGGCGACUACUGUACUCCAAGUAAUCCCGGACCCAAAGCCAGCACUGUCCACCUCCUCACACAUGGGCUUGGCUUCGAUCGCUCAUACUGGGACUUCUACCUCCCUUCCAACGCCUCAGACACGCAGUACUCAUAUAUCCAUGCUGCCACUGCUGCAGGCUACAGCACAAUCUCCUGGAACCGUCUCGGCAUUGAGCCUUCCACCAUCGGCAACCCGUAUACCGAAAUCCAAACCACAGUCGAGCUCGCCCUCCUCGCAGGCCUCACCUCCCUCGUCCGCCGCGGAGGUCCCGCCAUCACGGGCCUCGCCGGCCCACCCGACAAAGUAAUCCACGUUGGCCACUCCUGGGGCUCCAUCCUAUCCAAAGCCCUCGUCGUCCACGAACCCUCACUCGUUGACGGCGUCGUCCUGACCGGCUACACGGACAUCCAAGUGGGCCAAAGCCUCUUCCUCGCCAGUACCGGCUUCCACCUCGCCAAUGCCAACCAGCCCUCCCGCUUCCCGCCCACCGAAUACUCCAACGGCUUCCUCACCUGGCCCACCCAGUACGCCAACCAAUUCGCCUUCCUCGCCUACCCCAACUUUGACCCCUUGGUGCUCGCGCAGGCCGAGAGGACGAAAUACCCUUUCGCGCUCGGCGAGUUUCUCAGCGGCGCCGCCAUCGCAGGCAACGCUACGGAGUUCGAAGGGCCAGUGUACUACGUUGCCAGCGAGCUUGACACGAUCUUCUGCGCGAGUAACUGUACCGGUCUGGUGGGUGAGGAUGUGCCGGCUACGAGGGAGGCGUUCCCAGGGGCGGAUCUGAAGGUGGACAUCAUUGAGGGGGCGGGCCAUGGCUUGAACCUGCAUUAUGGCGCGGAUAGGGCGUAUGCGAAGAUUAUGGAGUGGGUUGCGGAGAAGUUCUGA